UGUACAAUGGUGUUUGUUCUUCACUGGUUGCCUUUUUCUUGUAGCAACCGGUCACAAAUCUCUCUCCCUCUCCAGCGCCUUGCCUGCCUCUCUUGUCAUUGGCCACCUGCUGUGACAAGUGACAACAGAGACGACACAGUGACACGGUCCCAGAACAGAGUAACGGGACUAAUCGGUUCUCCCUAUAGACGCACUAACCAACCGGCGAAACGAAACAGUUUCUUGUGCUGGUCCAACCAGACUUCAUGACAAGUCGACCACACUAUUCUGAUUUUAGUAGCCCAACCAACCAUAGCGGUUGCGAGCGGCUGAUCAAACUUGGCAACCUGCUGUUUUUGUUGUUGUUACGGGCGAAAGGAGACAGAGAGACGGGGAGUGCUCCUUGCUAGGCGACGGGUCUAAUCAUUAACCCGUGUUAGGUGCCCCCUCAUCGGAGGAGCUUCUUGCAUGGAUACAUAAUGGCUACGUUUGUCUGCAGGGUUCAGUUCUUAGACGACACAGAUCCAUUCAACAGCACCAACUUCCCGGAACCGACCCGACCACCUCACUACACGUUCCGAGAGGAUAUCCCGCUUAUCAAUCAGAUAGCGGGAGUCCACCGGCUACUUGGAGCACCGCACAAGCUUGAUGACUGUGCGUUGCAGCUGUCCCAUAAUGGAACCUACCUGGACCUGGAGUCUUCUCUGUCUGAACAGAGGGACGAGCUGGAGGGCUUUCAGGAGGACACAGCAGGGACCAAAGGGAAAAAGCAUAGUGUUGUUUUGCGGACCCAGCUGACCGUUCGAGUACACGCGUGUAUCGAAAAACUCUACAACUCCAAUGGACGUGACUUGAGGAGGGCACUCUUCUCUCUCAAGCAGAUAUUUCAGGAUGACAAGGACCUGGUCCAUGAGUUUGUGAUGGCAGAGGGCCUGACCUGUCUCAUCAAGGUCGGAGCAGAGGUCGACCAGAACUACCAGCACUACAUCCUUGGAGCUCUGGGACAGAUAAUGCUGUAUGUGGAUGGGAUGAAUGGAGUCAUCUGUCACCUUGAGACCAUCGAGUGGCUCUACGCUCUCAUUGGAUCAAAGUUCCGCCGGGUGGUGAAGACAGCUCUGAAGUUGUUGCUGGUGUUUGUUGAAUACUCAGAGUCCAACACCCCUCUACUCAUACAGACCAUCAGUACUGUAGACACCAAGAGAGGUUGUAAGCAUUGGUCUAAUGUCAUGGAGAUCUUAGAUGAGAAGGACGGAGUGGACACAGAGCUAAUGGUCUACGCCAUGACCCUCAUCAACAAGACCCUGUUGGCGUUACCCGACCAGGAAUCCUUCUAUGACAUGGUGGAUGGGUUAGAAGACCAGGGGAUGGAGGCUGUAGCUAAGAGGUUCCUGGGAAGGAGAGGAACUGACCUGGACCUGAUGGAACAACUCACUACAUAUGAGGCGACUCUACUUCAUGAGGACGGUGACGAUGACUCUCAUCCUCCCACGGGGCUCUCAUGCCACAGGGACCGCCGUCACGCCAGCUUCGGGGACAAGAGGAGGGGCCUGGAGAGGAGGCGGAGCUGCAGGGCAUCCUUAGGACGGUCUGGGAACGCCUCCCCUUUCAGCCCGUCCCCGCAACGCUCCGGAUUCCAACCAUUCAGGAGACGAGGAGGAGAGGAUUUGAGCGAGAGAACUGGAGUUCAAAGGACUCCCGCCACACCAGCGAACAAACAGCAUCAGGAGUCCCUGUCGGCUGAGAGAGAGAGACGCCGCGCGGAGAGAGAGGAACGACUGCAGAGGAUUGAGAGAGAGGAAAGGAACAAACACAGCCGAGACGAUGUGGACAAAAUGGCAGAGGCCAGGAUGGCACGGGAUGAGAGGUAUAAGCACGUGGAGCGCAUGGCGGCGGAGGAGUUUGAGAAGGACCGCCUGCCCAGGUCACGCCCUGACCUGAGUUUGACCUUUGACCCAGUGGAAGCCAGGCCCCUCGCCUCGUUCCGCAGCACCACCCACUCCUCCCUGGCGUCUCAGGAUGAGGAACAGGAACCAGAGGAACCAGACACAGAACCUGAUCUAGAACCAGAGGAGGAGGAGACUGAGACCCCUGUAACCCCAUACACAGAGACUGAACAACUGAAGCCAGAGGACUUCACUGCCUGUCUAGAACCAGAAGAGGAGGAGGCAGAAGAGGAGGAGGCAGAAGAGGAGGAGGCAGAAGAGGAGGAGGCAGAAGAGGAGGAGGCAGAAGAGGAGGAGGCAGAAGAGGUAGAAGAGGAAAAUAAGAAAAGAGAAGAGCCUGAACAGGAAGCAGAGGAAGUAAAGGAAGAAACAAGAGAAGAGGAGAGGGAGGACGGGGAGGAGGACAGUGGGAUCCUGAGCGACAAGGAACGACAGAAUGAAGACGUUAAUGAGAAAGACAACUGCUCGGCAUCCAGCAGUACCCUGGAGAGGGGGAGCAAUGAGAAAGGUCAGUGGACCCAGAGUGUUGAGGAGGUGGAUGUGAAUGAACGGUGCAGCAACAUCCUCAACAGCAAACGCUUCAUGGACAUGCUCUACUCCCAGAGCGAGGAGGAGGAGGAGGAGAGGGUGAAGGAGAAAGGAGUGGCGGGAAAGGCCAACCAGGAAGCCGUCCGACCGCCUGGCGAGGGAGAGGAGAGCAAGAGCGCCCCGAAAAACGACUCCCCAGAAAAACACCCGAAAAAAACAGAAUCUCACUCAAACGUCAGAGUGUUCGCUGAACGUUUCGGCGAUCUAGUAAAGGGACUGGGCUCGCCUCACCCCCUCCUCCAUAUUCCCCGUCACAAGGCCCCCGUUGUAGAACAAGAGAAGCCCCCUCCACCUCCCCCUAAGAAGGAGUCAGAUACCAUCUGGGACCAGCUCCUGGCCAGUCCUAGGGAGCUGCGCAUCGGAGACAUUGACUUCACGGACCUGAAAGAAGAAGACGACGAAGACAUUCUGGAUGCCGGUCUGAUGGGAGGUUCAGACUCUCUGUGUCCCCCUCCUCCCCCACCCCCCAACCCCUACCUCCCUAACCCUUACUGCCCUCCUCCCCCACCCCUGUUCGGCUGCCAGCCACCACCCUCCGUGCCUCCUCAACCCCCCUUCUCCCCCACGGCCUCCGCCCCUCCACCUCCUUCAGAACCACCUCUGUUCCAGAAGAAGAAGACUAUCAGGUUGUUCUGGAGUGAGGUGCGUCCGUCAGACUACCAGGACAUUAGCAGCAGGAGCAGUGGAGACUCUCUGUGGUUCAAACUAGAGCCAGUCAAGAUAGACACGUCCAGACUAGAACACCUCUUCCAGACCAAGUCCAAGGAGAUACCUGUCACCAAGAAAACGGCGGCGGACGGUAAACGUCAGGAGGUCAUCGUUCUGGACUCCAAGAGGAGUAACGCCAUCAACAUCGGACUGACCGUCCUGCCUCCUCCUCGCACCAUCAAGACCGCCAUCCUCAACUUUGACGAGUACGCACUCAACAAGGAGGGCAUCGAGAAAAUCCUGACGAUGAUCCCUUCGGAGGAAGAGAAGCAGAAGAUCCAGGAGGCUCAGCUGGCCAACCCUGACGUCCCCCUGGGCUCGGCAGAACAGUUCCUCCUCACCCUGUCCUCCAUCAGCGAACUGUCAGCUAGACUACAGCUCUGGGCCUUCAAGAUGGACUAUGAGGCUACAGAGAGGGAAGUGGCAGAGCCGCUGCAGGAUGUGAAGGAGGGGAUGGAGCAGCUGGAGAAGAACAAGACGCUCCGCUACAUCCUGUCUACGCUGCUUGCUAUAGGAAACUUCCUCAACGGCACCAACGCCAAAGGCUUUGAGCUGAGUUACCUGGAGAAGGUUCCUGAGGUGAAGGACACGGUUCAUAAACAGUCUCUUCUGCACCACGCCUGUUCUAUAGUGGUGGACAACUACCCUCAGAGCACUGACCUCUACUCUGAGAUAGGAGCCAUCACACGCUCUGCCAAGGUGGACUUUGACCAGCUGCAGGACAACCUGACAAUGAUGGAGCACCGUUGCAAAGCAUCCUGGGACCAUCUGAAGGUGAUCGCCAAGCAUGAGAUGAAGCCCACCCUGAAACAGAAAAUGUCUGACUUCCUGAAGGACUGUGCUGAGAGGAUCAUCAUCCUGAAGAUAGUCCACCGCAGGAUCAUCAACAGGUUCCAUGCAUUCCUCCUGUACUUGGGUCACCCGGCCUACGGUGUGAGGGAGAUCAGUGUCCACCGCUUCAGUAAGAUCCUCAGUGAGUUCGCUCUGGAGUACCGGACCACCCGGGACCGCGUCCUGCAACAGAGACAGAAACGAGCCGACCACCGCGAACGCAACAAGACCCGCGGCAAGAUGAUCAUUGACGUCAGUACACCCUCUGAUGAAGAAGAGGAAAUGGAGUCUCCAGGGUGGUAUGUUAAGAGCAGCAGUGCCCCUGGUGGCGGGGUGGAGAGCUUGCAGCCUCAGGGUCUGGGCCAUACUGAGGAUGCUGCAGAGCAUGAGUUCAUGAAGGCAGUACUGAAGACCAGCCUGCAGGGCGGCGACAGAGAGACAUCAGGGGUGCCGGGGCUACGCACACGUACCAAGUCACGGCCAGUCCGAGGAGGUCGUGUACAACAGGCAUGGACGCCUCCCGCAGCAAUGGGGGUGGAGUCUCAGAGGUUAGAUGAUGAUGAGGCUGACGAGAUCAUGGAUCGCAUCGUGAGGUCAGCCACUCAGGGCCCCAGUCAGAGAGCAGUGCCCCGGGAGAGGAGGAGAUCACGAGCCAACCGCAAAUCACUGAGGCGGACUCUGAAGAGCGGUCUGACUCCAGAGGAAACCCUACUCCUUGGACUCUCCGACGCCUCCGAGAUGCCAAUGUGACAUCAUCGCCCCCCAUGGAGCGCCAUUGGAAACGCACCCUUUCGUGACCCCAUGUCACGCUUCUGCCUUCACCUCGCCCCGAUUCCCCAGAACCCCAGUCAGCCAAUUGGUAGCCUUGUUACUAGAUUCUGUUGUACCGGUAGCGAAUCACGCGUUAGCUUCAUGUGUCUGUAGUUGGCGUCUUCGUUGAGGUGUCUCUUCGGAAGCCCCUCAAGGAAAAGCGAAGGGAGACUGUACAUCUUUAUGUUAGAAAUGUAUUUUGUGGAAAAAGAGGCAAGAGGCAACACGAUGGAAGUUGGUUUAAUGAGAAUGAAUUGAGAACGAAUCUCAAAAUGUGUCAUUUUCAACAUGCCUCAUGGCUUGAUUGGAGACAGAUUCAUCACUUUGAUAGGAUUAUUUGUAUUUAUAUUAGUUUAGUGUACUGUUACAGCCUAUAGAUAUGAAACAAACAAAGGGAGAAUAGUUGUUGCUUGCUGCAAGUACCCUACAGUAGGCCUAUAACUGUUUGUAUUAAAGCUGUGAACUUCAGGGUUUGAAGACAGAAUAAAGUUUGACUCAUUUGUCCAUUUCUCUCACAUAAUAUAAUGGGGUGAACCCUGACCUUUGACAACAGCAUUCUAAAGACUGACAAUCAUUCAAUAUUAUGCUGUUCCAUAGUGAUGCAAUAAUUACUUUGUAAUUAUAUUAUUAUUAUUAUUACACACUGCUUUUGUUGUCUAAUGGACAACAACAACUGUCACAAUAUGCUUCUCAAUAAUUUAUUUUACCCUUAUUUUACCAGGUAACUCAUUCUCAUUUACAGCAACGACCUGGGGAAUAGUUA